AUGCAGAGAACGCUCCAGACCACACGCGCGUUUGACGACGCCAAAGACAUGGGUAACGACCGGUUCCUGUUCCUGGUGUCUACCUCUCCCGGCUUGGGCGGAAAGGAACAGGAUGAGAAGGACAUGCGAGCACGAGCACACGCUGCGCGUAGAUCUCACGCCACUCGCCGAGCAGAACCAUUGACACCCACUGGUGCGGUGGAUUUGAAAGGUGACAUACCAAAUCCGCAUUCAGUCUCUGCUUUCGCCUCUGCCAAUUCGCACCAGUCGAGCAUAGCAAAGCAACAGCGACAAUUCAGAGUCAGUGCUGCCCCCAGGCGUUCCCCCUGGCAAGCCAACCGCCCAGUUAGGCUGUGGACCAGGACCGCGGUGGAUAAUGGAAAUGACGAGCCCUUCAACCAAAUGUCCGUCCCUGAUGUACCGCGAUACGUUAUAUCGGUGCUUCACGAAGCGUCCCGGUUGAAGUGGACAAGGAUAAGGCCUGGCGCUCUUGUAACAGCUGUCAAUCCUGUGGCUCGGGCAUGGAUGGAAGCUGCAUUGGAAUCACCCAUAGCCCUCCACGGUCUUGUCUAUGCCAUGCUCCGUACCAUGCUCAUCACGCGCCACAAUUCUGGGCCAGAAACCAUACUGGCAUUGGAGCACUAUGCUCAAUGUCUUGCCCAGCUCAAGGAUGAAAUGAAACGGAUCCAGGAAGGCGUCACUGAAGCCAGCGACAAUGUCAUCAUUGCGAUAGCUGCUCUCGCUGCUCACGGUGAAUCGCAUAUGGGAAUGGAAAAGUCUUCGCUCGAGACAAUGCCUCUAGUGCCACUGUCCCCGUUAAGCGAAUCGCAAAACCUCCACGUGUACGGAACUGGAGCCUUGCAACCCGCACAUGUCCAUGCUGUUUACUCACUGGUUUCUCGCAAAGGAGGACUUCAGAAUAUCUCGCUGGAGGGCUUGCCCGAUGUACUAGAAGUGGUUGAUUUGUGCUUUGCAACCAGAGAGGGUACCAGACCGCAAUUCGGUUGGCGCCACUCGACAUCACGCUCAGAUCUGGCGCUCGACUUGAAGAUUGAUAAUACCGCCGAGGCAUUGUUCCAGAAGUUGGGAACCGGUUUUCCCCGUAUUGAUGCAUUGAAACCCAUACAUCAGUUGGUAUGGUGUACGCGUGUUGCAAUAGUGAUGCUCGACCAGCACUUUAGAAACGGCGAUCCUCCGGGCAGCAAACCAGAACUCCUCAACGCCAGAAAUACAGUUCAGUACCAUUUGCUCUGUCUACCAGUCGCAAAUCUGACGGUUAGCGCUGGCUAUGAAACCCUGUUGUACGAGGUUUGCCGUCUGGGUCUGCUGAUCAUCUCAAACAUGAUAUUGUUCCCCCUACCACCCGAAUCCGGCGUGGCCCACAGGCUCGCAAAGCAACUUCGGAAUUGUCUUAUCGUUGCAGACCACGCUUCAGAUGGAAACAUCAUCUUCUCAAAAUACCAUGACUUGCUUGUCUGGGCAGUGGUGCUUGGGGCGAUGAGCUCUACAUCUCUCUCUGACCGCACAUGGUUCGUCAACCGCCUCACCGUAAUGUUGGUACCGUUGGUCGAUCACCACUGGGAAGAAAUUGAAGAGAAGAUUCUCUACAAGUACCUGUGGUGGCAGUAUGUCUGCAGUCAGCCCGGGCAAAGAAUCUGGGAAGAAAGCUUGCUUAUUCACUGUGACGAAAUCUCCGAUGUUGUGUAA